CAAUGAUACAGAGGGACUUUACUUCAGGAAAUCAGCUGGACAUUUUUCUCCCACACUUGUCUCAGACGGAGGUAAACAACGCGUCUCUGCGGUCUGUCCCGGGUCUCUCUGUAGAAUAGAUGGACACUAACAGCCAAACAGGGAGGACGAAGACAGCAGGAAGUCAGCGGUAAAGCGAAUAAUGUGACCAAAAGGGAAAAACAAACAAACAAAACAGGAUGUGCUCCACGGAAAACAACGCGGAGCUGCUGCGGUCACCGUCCGACCCCGCUUUUCUCCUGGAGCUGAAGACCAGGCGGCCUCCGUCACUGGUGGGCCGGGCGGGCUGUGAGACCUGGAGCGUGGACUUCUCUCCGGACGGAGCCUGGUUCGCGUGGUCGAUGGGACACGGCAUCGUGUGGGUUGUCGCCUGGCCUCUCGAUUCCGAAGACAGUCAGAGUGGAGAGAUUGACCGUGAAGACAAGAGCUUCAGUUGUGGUCACCCAGUGUGGGGCCUCGCUUUUGGACCAAGACCCCCAAAAUCCAAGUCAGUCACUGCUGCACAGCCACAUAAUGCAAAAACAAAAGGGAACCACAGCCUGCUCCUGGCCACAGGCUUAGAGAAUGGAGUAAUCAAAAUCUGGAAUGUCUUAUCAGGUAAUGCUGUAUUUGACCUCCAUGGCCACGAAGGAGUCGUCAGGGACCUGGUUUUCCCCCAGAAUGGGACACUCACCCUUGUGUCCUCCUCUCGAGACAAAACCUUGAGGGUUUGGGACCUUGCUCACAAAGGUAAAAAGGUGCAGGUGCUUUCUGGCCACAAAGACUGGAUCAGCUGCUGCUGUGUGUCGUCAGACUGCAGCAUGAUUGCGUCCGUUGGACGAUUUGACAGAAUGGUGUGUCUGUGGAGUCUACGGUCCUACACGUUCAUCAGAAACCUGACUGGAGGGACACGGAAGACCUUAUACCUACUGUCUUCCUGUGACUUCUCCCCUGACGGCGCUUUGCUCGCCACAGCAGCGUUCAGCGGCUCCAGCUGGUGGAUCGACCUCUGGGACCCGUAUACAGCAGAGAAGCUGACCACUCUGGUCGACUACUUUGACAGCCAUGGGCAAAACCAAAUCUCAGCAAUACAAUUCUCCCCCAACGGUUUGCACUUGGCGAUCGUGACUGACGGCAGAGCUCUGCGGAUCUGGACGCCAGGACAGAAAGGGAUGGUGAUGCAGACGAAAGCAGACCAAGACGCCAAUGGACUCUGCUGCAACUACCAUCCACAGGGUGGGGUGGUUGCCACAGGAACCAGAGAUGGUCAUGUGAGGUUCUGGAGGGCUCCCAGGACGGUGCCCAGCCUGUGCCACCUUUGCCGCUCCAUCCUGCGACACUCGGUCUCUACGUACCAACUGGAGCCGCUGCCCCUCCCCAAAAGGAUCAUGGAAUACCUCACAUACAGAAACAUCCCUGAAUGCCUCAAGACCUGCUGCUCCAACGGGGAAGAGGAGUGGGAAGAUUAAAUGAACGUUUAAAAAAAAAAACAAAAAAAACAAAUGCGACUGGAAAUGACAUACCACUAAUAAUUUACCUCUGUUUACUGUUUUUUAUUUAGAGGCCGUUCACAUGCAGCAGCUAAAACACGUGGAAGAAGCUAAGGUGGUGUUUAACCAGAGGGCCACGCUCGUUACUAAGGGUGCUUUCAUACUUGUCAUUCCAAAACUAAGAGGGAUUCCCCCCUAGAUUGGUUCUAAUGGGCUUGUGUGAACCCAACAAUCGCAUGCCAUUGUGGCACAAAUCAACCAGGCUUAUGUGAUGUGUCUUCGGAAUGCAGAUUCUCCGGUGAAUAAAUCAUUAUAUGCUUAGAUCCAGAAGACGUCUGGAUGCAGCAUCGAUGCGUCUUCUUAUCGUCAUCAGAUAUAUGGCACUGUUUUCUCUGUGCAGCCUGGUUGUAUAACACCAUCCAGAGAACGGCAAUAAAUGCUAUUACCCACACUUGCUGGCGGUAAUCCAUCUACGAUUACAGGACUAUGAGGGAUUCCCUGAAGUCAAAGUCUCACACAAAAUUCCGACCAAUCACAAAACUGUUGGAGGAAUCAGACGUGUAUGUAACUAAUUAAUUGCAACACAUUAUUCCCUGAAUUUGAACAAAUUACAGAUAUGAAAGGACCCUAAGUAACCAACUUUAUUGUCAUUUAUUACUGAAAUUCAUUUUGCAGUGCAUAGGACAACAUACAGGUUUAACAGGAUGGUAUUUAACCGUUUACUAGAUCAAGUGCAAACUGCAAACAUAGAAGUUAAAACGGUUCGUACCCGCACAGCCUCACUGGGUUAAUUAACACAUUAAAUAAAUAAAAAUAACAAUAAUUAAUCCUCUUCCUUCACCAUCUGAGCUUGAGGGGUUUGAUCGGGAUGACUGAGGCUCAGGGAUUAUGAGUGAACAGACCUGUUCUUCCAUGUAUCGAAAGACUUAUUGAAAGCUCUUGCUGCACUCAUGUUGGAGUGACACAUCACAACACAUGCACCACUCUUGUUUUUGUGCACAUCUGACAUGCAUUUGCACAUCUUUUUAAAUAAAAUAACGAUUAUUACCGUAUCUGCACUGUAUGUGAACGGCUUUCGCGGCUUGGUUUUGCACACAGUGCAGCUCUUAAUGCUAAGUUAAAAUGCAAUAUUCCUGCACCAAGGUUUUCAUUUAAAGCACUACUACUGUAAGACGAUGCAUUAACUAUGUUCAUAUGCUGACUUGAAUAUCAAUUUUAUACCAUUAAUUUAUUCUGUAACAUGUAUUUCUAAUUCCUGUGUUUACCUUUAAACAACACACAUCCUGCUUCUGUACCUUCACAUAUCAUUAUUAAUGUAAAAAAAAAAACACAUCAAUUAUAGGAAAUAGUUUUAUUAAAAUUGAUGCAAACAUUUA